AAAUAAACAAAACAAAAACGAUUAACCUCUUGCUAAAAAAAAUAAUACACAACCAAAAUUUUAUUAAUAUAUCAGUGUUUUGAUCGAUUUUAGUUUCCUGGUUUCAUUUUAGAAAAUAUUCGGAUUAUUAUUAGUUAGUAAUCAUGGAUAAUUCGGAAGUUAUAAAAAAGGCCCGUGUAGAUUUAUCGUCACUACCAACAAGACAGUAUUUAGAUCAAACUGUAGUGCCUAUAUUGAUGAACGCACUUUCAUACCUAGCCAAAGAAAGACCUGAUGAUCCAAUUGCUGCCUUAGCUUCUUUUUUGAUGAAGAACAAAAGUACAUACGAAUCUAACUCAGACAACUCACCAUCCAAUACUGAAAUGACUAAUGUCGAAGAAAAAUUAUAAUUUAUUAGAUAACAUUUAUGGAGACUUUACAUUUUAAUUUUAAUUGAUAUAAUAAAUUUUCUUUAGUAUAA